UGAAGCAAACCGUCAAGCAGGCUGGAAGCAGAAUCUGCAGCUCCCCCCAAAAUGGCAAAGGCAACCGACUUCUCCGUUUUCAGCGUUCUGGUGACGGGAUCCAAUCGGGGGAUUGGCCUCGGUCUGGUGAAGAGGUUUCUAGAGCUGCCCUCUCCACCCAAAUGGGUCUUUGCUACCACCCGUGAUCUGAAGGCAGAGAAAAGCAAGAAGAAAAACUAUGACCUUUUUCUCUUCCAGGAGGUAAAAGAGUUGGCACGCAAGCAUCCCAAUCUGGUGGUGUUGCAAUUAGAUGUCGCUGAUCUUGAGAGCAUCCAGGCAGCUGUGAAAGAUGUGGAAAAGUGUGUUGGAGAUGGUGGGCUGACCAUCCUCAUCAACAAUGCUGGCACUUGGGCGUUUACUGACCUGACAACAGAAAAUGCCAAGGAUAUGAUGAGAAUUUAUUCCAUCAAUACCAUUGGCCCACUGCAAAUGAGUCAGGCCUUUCUGCCCCUGUUGAAGAAGGCAGCCCAGAGAAGUCCAAGGCAAGGGCUGAGCUGCAGCAAGGCCGCCAUUAUCAAUAUAUCCACUAUUGGAGGCUCAAUUGAACUUAUGGCUUAUUGGGAUAAAGGACAGGGAAUUUCAUAUCGCUGCAGUAAGGCUGCUUUAAACAUGCUCACCAAGUGCCAGUCUCUCGAGUAUCCAGCCCAUGGGAUUCUGACUGUCCCCAUCCAUCCUGGUGCAGUGAAAACCCGUGACAGCCCAGUUCCGGAAAUCCCCGUGGAAGAGAGCUCGAAAGGUAUCGUGACUGUGCUGUCCAUGCUUUCCGAAGAGGACAACGGGACCUUUCUGGAUUGGUUGGGUCGUCGAGCUCCCUGGUGAUCAUCUGUCCCACCCUAAUGCCAUCGGCACUUAAUACGCUGAGAGGCGAUGGGGCCUCCAAUAAACCACUGUCCGUCAUGAAA